CGUGCGGCAAUAACCUCGCUUUUGCGCAAGUAGCAAACCUGUGAAUACGUGGAGGUGACCUGAGCGUGCCUGCCUCUGAUCUCCUGUAGGUAGCGGUGGUUACAACCUUGCUGAAUUUCAGCUGAGCCGUCAAAGCAAGGUGCACAGGCCUCGGGAGCUCCCUGCCUGGGUGAAUUGCACCUCUAGUUAAAAAAAAAAAAAGAAAAAAGAAGCCAAAAACAAAGCAACCAGCCAGUGUCUGUUGUUGCCCUUGCUUCAUUUUCCCCUCUCCCUUCCUUUUUGCAGUUAUAUGAAACGUCCAGAGUAACCAUGAGUGGAGUAUUGAAAAGGAAGUACGAUGAACUGGAGGAUGACGCCACCUACUGCUCCUCCUCCUCCUCCUGCUCCCCGUUCUCGUCUUCUUCCGCUUCCUCUGGCUGGGAGUCGGAUGAGGAAAACUCCCGAGGAGAAGCCAGGCCCAGCACUGCCUUAACCACCAACUUCACCCCAACAUCCAUCCUGAAGAAAACCAAGCGGUUAAAGAAGAGCAAUGUGGAUUUCGACCGGGUCACUGUGUUCUACUUUCCACGCUGCCAGGGGUUCACCAGUGUGCCUAGCCGUGGUGGCUGUACCCUGGGGAUGGUGAGCAAACACAGCUCGUCCAGGCAGUUCACCCUGGCCGAAUUCUCAAAGGAACAGGAGACCGUCCGGCGGGAGAAGAUCGAAGAGCGAUUAAAAGAGGAGAAAUUGGAGGCACUGAAAUGGAAACUAACCAUGAACGGCACGAAAGAAUCUGAGGAGGCCAACCAGCUCACCGUUGAGGACAUCUCUGACGACGACAUCGACGUGAGCAACGUGGACCUGGAGGAUGGCUUUUUCCUCCAGCCCUACCCUGCCAAAAAGAGGCGUGUUCUGCUCAAAGCCAUGGGGGUCAAGAAGAUUGACAAAGAGGAGAAACGGGAGCUGCAUAACAUCCGCCUGUCACGUGAGGACUGUGGCUGUGACUGCCAGGAGUUCUGCGAUCCAGAGACCUGCAGCUGUAGCUUAGCAGGCAUUAAAUGUCAGAUGGAUCACACGUCGUUCCCUUGCGGCUGCACAAAGGACGGCUGCGGAAACACGCAAGGGAGAAUAGAGUUCAAUCAGGCACGGGUGCAGACGCACUUCAUCCACACCAUCAUGAAACUGGAACUGGAAAAGAAACAGCAGAAUAGUGAAAAGACCGUGGAGCCCGAGGCGACGUUCCGGGACAGGCUUCAUCAGUUGGGGUGUUCGGUAGGGAAGACGGUGUUCGAGGAGCGAGCCAUCCCAUUGACACCAGCAUUUCAAUUCAACAUGGACCUGGAGACGGUUGGGGAGAACAGCUGCAGCAGCGACAUGACGGACUCCUCCGUCUCCUCCAACCAGAGCGAGGAUUCGGAAGAGCAGUACGAGAGCGUCCCAUCUGAUAAGUCACAGUCUGACGUCGACGACGACGGCUUGGCGAGGAUACUCCACUUCAAUGAUUCCGAUGUAGAAGAAAACAGUAAUCAUUGCCAAGAUAAUCUGAGCUGUUUCCACCCCACUGAUUUCUUUAGCGCUAACAUUGAAGACCAGUGUGACGCAAAUGCUGAAAAACUCGGCACUGGAAACUACUCUAGCCAUUUGUCAAACAUCUCCGAAUGCCUGGAUGAAAACGCCAAUCAGGACGCUAGUUGUUUUCUAGAGGACACUGCCGAUACGCACUGUGACGGGCUUUCUUGCUGCAUGUCAUCCCCAGCAGAGCAGUGUUCAAAGAGCUACACAGAUCUCAGCCUUUCCUCUGACUCCUUGGAUUUCUUUCAGUCAUUCUCAGACUAUAAUUUGGGACCUCUUUACAACUCCUUAAAGGAAUACGAGAACCUGGAUAACUUUUCAGCCUUGCAAUUCCAACUGCCUAAUUUUCCCGGCUUCCCCCAGGCUGGAGACCAGAGCUCUUGCUUCCUGGAGUCUCUCAUUGGCUUGUCUGAAUCUGUCCCAGAAACCCCGGCCCCUUUCACAGACAAUCAGCUUUUAGAAGAUGCCAUUAAGUCAUCUCUAAUGGAAACGGUGAAAGUUUAAAAAAGGCCAGCUUUGGCCAGCUGAACAUUAAAACUGUAAUGAAGAACUGUGUGAUGGCAAACUUUCACUGAAGGAGGAACGUACUGCAAAAGACUUUCUCAGCCGACAAAUUGGUGUUGUUUUUUUUAGUCUCUAGAACAUGGACAUUUUGAAAUACUGCAGCUACAAUCAGUUCUCUUGCUGUUUGUGCAAAAUUUAAAAACUUUCAUGGUUUGGGAAAACACAUUAGAAGACUUUCUUUGAGUAUCAAUUUACCUGUGCUUUGUACAAAAAAACCCCCAAAACCAAAAAAAAGAUUGAGACAUACUCUUUGUUAACGUUGUUAGUCAUAACACAGCCCCUUCUAGAAACUUUUCAGUGUCGCAGAAACUUUUUGAAACAACUUUUGAAUCUCUGUUGUGAAAAAGGAUUUGCAUAAGGGUGAGCCCAACAUGCUCUUAUGUUUAAAUCAGACAAGGUUUACAGAAGAAAAUCCAUACACUAGAAACAUAAUCAUAUUUCAUCUAUUUAUUGCAAAUUCCAGAAUGAAAUAGCCACCGAAGCUUGAACUAGCAUGAAACCUUAUUUAAAUUGGUAAUACCUCAGAUGUAUUAUGUGUACAAUCAUGUUUUUUGCAUAAUAUAUCUGUAUUUAUUUAUUUUUUACCUUUUAGUACACGAAUAGCACUGUGGUUUAUCAAUGACCUGGAAGUGCAAUAAAGUCUUUAGCAGCAUGCAGCCUAAAGACGCCAACACUGUUUUGGAAAGACUGAAAGACGUUAACUUUAGCGGUUGUCAGAUCCCUUUCCAGUCCUUGUCUAACAUUUCUUAAAAGAGCCUCAAGCUGGCGAGGGUGUCUUCAUAACUGCAUCCUCUUUGGUAGCUAAAAAUCCUUUAAGGGAGAGAACUAUACAGAGGGGUGUGAUGUCCAUAAUUCUGCUAUGGAAAACAAACCCAUAAACUAUUCAAGAAAUAAUAUGAACUAUAUUUAAAAA